AUGGCUAAUAUGGGUGAAAAUAGAGCAAAUGGGAGUGGUAAUAUCCAACAGGAUAAUAACCUGGAGGAACUAUUCAACAAUGCUGGUUUUGAUAAUUCCCAGAAUAUUGUUGAAGCCGGGGAAGAAGAUCCAGUGGGGGGCUUUCAAGCAGCUCUUAUGGAUGAAAUUGAGGCUGCUGAUUACCAUUUAGGGUUAGAUCAACCUCCUGAAAUGAACCCAGAGGAGAAUGCUAUUUUACAUGGUAAUGAGGAAUUUAGCUCCCCUUCACUGUACAAUCCCCAGUCUCCGCAAAACUCGCCGGGUUCAGAAUCAUCGACUAACGCUAAGCCCGAUCAAAUGAACCGGGCGAGCGAUCUUCUCAUGGCGGUCUCGAUAGGAGCCGAGCUUAACAAGAACAAGAUCAUCGAACAAGCUAUCGGAGCCAUGGAUGAGCUGGUAAAAAUGGCUACAAUGGGUGAACCGCUGUGGCAACGCCAAGGGAAUGGUGGAACGGAAACGCUAAAUGGGAUUCAAUACUUGAGGGAAUUCGGUUGUUUCGAUGCAACGAUGGAAGACAUAAUAAGAAUGGUUGAAAUCGGUGAACCCGAACUUAUCCCGAGCUUCGAUUACUUCCCCCCAGAUAACCCUACACCGACUUUUCUGAAACCCGAAUUCGAACCGUUGAACAUCGAAGCUUCACGAGAUACUGGACUCGUUAACAUGAACGCUAUGAACAUUGUUGAGUUGCUCAUGGAUUCGAAGAAUUGGUCGAUGGUAUUUUCCAGCAUUGUCUCGAGAGCUACACUGCUAGGAGUUAUUUUGGACACUGUUGAUGGGAGCUGUAAUGGAGUUCUUCAAGUGAUGACAGCUGAGUUUCAUCAAUCUACACCAUUAAUACCAACUCGACAAAGCUAUUUCGCAAGGUACUGCAAGAUGGUAGCUCAUGGAACAUGGGGAGUGGUUGAUGUUUCCUUGGAGAAUCUAUUCCCAUGCCCACAAAUCCAGUUCAAAAGAAGACCAUCAGGCUGUUUAGUCCAACAAGUCCCCAACAAUGGUGGAGCUUCCAACGUCACUUGGGUCGAACACGUCGAAGUCGAUAAGAAAUCGCUUCACCCUCACUUCCGUCCCAUUGUCAACUCCGGUUUCGCUUUCAGCGCCAAACGAUGGAUCGCAGUGCUCCACAGGCAUUGCCAAUGGGUGGCAACUUGCAUGGCUACAACCACUCCUACAGAUGCUGGAGUUUUGAUACCUCAACCGGGGAGGGAGAGUAUGCUGAAGGUGGCUGAAAAGAUGACGAGAAAAUUCUUCAUGAACAUUAGUUCUUGUACCGAGAAUGCAUGGAUGGGAUUGCCUUCAAACUUUGGUGCUGAAGAUGUUAGGUUCAGAUUUGGAAAUACAUUAACUGUUCCCGGGAAGCCUCCUAGUAACACUUUAAUCAUCACUACUUCUGUUCAGGUCCCGGUUCCGGUGAACGUUUUGUUCGAUUUUCUUCGUAACGAACAUUCGAGACACAAGUGGGAUUUGCUUUCAAAGGAACGACUUGUCCGAGAACUUGCCUAUGUAAUAACCGGUGAAAAUCCUCAGAAUCGAGUCUCGGUUUUGCAAGUGAACUCGUCUCCGAACAAAAUCGAGAUAUUGUAUUUGCAAGAAAGCUACACCGAUGAAACCGGCUCGUAUAUCGUAUUCACACCGAUGGACACCUUCGCCAUGUCAUUGAUCUUGAACGGCGGGAACCCAAAUGAUCCAUGUAUUUUAUCGUCAGGGUUCGCCAUUCUGCCCGAUAAGCCACCGGGGCAAGGAGAUGGACCCGAGGGAAGUAUCUUAACGGUAGCAUUUCAAAGCGCCGAUAACUUAUCGAGCAACGAGUUAAUACCUGCGUUGACGCUUAAAACCAUCGAUGUGAUAUUGUCGUCGACCGUUGCUUCGAUCAGGGAUGCUAUGGUGUUAAUGGAUUCAUUGUUCAUAGAACUGCAGGUUUUCUUGGCCAUCAAUGGCUGCUUGGAGGGAAAUAGGGGUGACGAAACCUAA